CCAGUCAGUCGGCUUGUUCAGCGCUGUCUAGUCCAGCCUGUCAACAACACUGCAACCUGAGACGGGAUAGCCAGCCAGCGGACGAGCUCAGGAAACCAGCUAAGUUAGCUCCUCUGCUAGCCCGCUCCACUAACCAACUUGACACGGCUCGUACUUUCCACUUCCAAGUUUGAGAUACGUGUUAUGAUUGAAGUUGUUUCGACAAGAGAAGAACCGGAAAAACGGACUUUCUCGUUCGGCAUCUUCAAAUUCUUCCUCCUGUGUGAUAUGACAUCGCUGUUUGGUUCCUACAAAAGCCAGAGCUCUACAGCACACGGUUGACAUCUUGUCAGGUGCUGUUCAAGAGGAUGGCUGCUCAGGUAGAGGUUCAGCCUGGGGAGGUAGGUAGGCCAGUGGUUGGAGGAAGACUUCACCUGAGUCCUUUGACUGACUCCAGCAAUAAGAGCCUCUUCGAGAUCCCCUCCAUGAACCAGUCCUGUAUUAUCACCCCAGAACCUAACAAACCUGUCCCAGGCCCCAAGCCACGGCUCACUCCCAAACCUUUUGCUGUGGAAAGAAACCCCACAAUUAGGCCCAUACUUGCCCCGAAGCCUCACACCAAGCCCCGGCCAGAGUCCACUCGCCUUCCUGGAUACACACCAGAGUCUCCAUGCAGUCCAAAACCUCAGCAACCAGUUGCCCAUGUCCAACCCAGGCCAGUGUCAACCAACCCUAACCGGCCUGCCCCUACCUCCUUUAAUACAACUAAUAAGUUGAACACUGGACAAACAACCAAGCCAAUAGCCCAGCCAUUUAAACCGGCCCCUCCUCUUGACCUGGGAGACCCCAGCAAACCCAUUCCUUCUUUAACAACAGAGAGGCAGAGACCUGGUUCAUCAAGCUUGGUCUAUUCCAAGAGCCUUAAACAACUUCCAGCAGCCGAGUGGUCUGGAACCACUAAAAAUCAAGGUGAGAAGGACCAGAAGACAUCCAGCAAUGUCGGGUCCUCCAUUACUAGAACCAAGUCCAUGGGUUUUCUCAUUCACGUAGGGCAGGAGGAAGAAGAAAAAGAAAAAGAAAACCCAGAGGCAGCAGUGCUACUGCGGCCAAAGCCCAGAGGAUCCAGGCCCAGACCUGUGUCAGCCAUUUUCCUUGACAGUCCGACCAAGGCCGAGACACCAGUUCCUGCCCCUCGCUGGGCGAGACGACCGCUUUCAGCUGAUCUCACGUCCAAGUUUGAGUCAAUCGGUCUGUCUCUACACCGUAACACACACAAAGACACUAAGGAGAACACUCCAGCUCCAGAGGAGAAAGGGCCGACACAGAAGAGAGAGCAGGAGAAAACACCUAAGAGUAAUGCACCACAAAGUAUGGAUGGUGCAAGUGACAAACAUACUCUAAAAGAGAGUGAAGAGGAUAAGUGUGCAGUCAGCAUCAAGUCACGAAUUAGUUUCCUCGAUUCAUCCUCCUCUCCUAAGACCGGUGUCGCAGACCAAGGGUCUGAUCUUUAUUCUCCAGUGCAGCCAGUCCCUGAAGCCGAACCACCAGUAGGUGUCAAACAGCUCAUCAAGCAGCUGACAGAGGACCCAUCACCAACUCAGAGUCCUAUUGUGAAACCAGUACUGAAGCACCGGCCCUUACCCCUCGACCUGACUAAAAGGUUUUCAUCCGAGAGGUCGCCAGACAGUGUUUUCCUCAGUGAGGCAACAGACCGCGAUGAGAUCAGCAAAGAUCCUCAGAGGAGGAUUGAAGAGUCAGCUAUCACCCCCAAUGACCAGAGGACAUUUGUGGAUCUAAAAGACUCCCAAGAGGAGCUCAAAAUGGCCUCCACGCCCGAAGAGCCUCAGGGGAGCCAGGAGUUUGGCGCCACCUCCAAGGAAAGUGGUCCCAGGAGUGACCUACAGACAGUGAAAGCAUCCUUGUUUGAACAUGUUGUGGAGAGGCACAGUGUGCUGAUGGUGGAAGACGGCAAGCCUGUAAACAAGUCUAAUGAUUCGCUCAGCAGCCUGUCAUUUAAGAGAGGAAAGGGUGAGGAUAAGGGAACUCUUGUCACUGCCACCUACAAAGAGCCGUUAUCUCCAUCAAGUCCUCUGAGGGUGUCACAUGCCUUUGACACUGUGCAGGCUGUGGAAGGGAGCAGGGCAGUGAGUGAGAACAUCCCAUCAGCUCAGUGGGAGGAUAAGGCCAUGACGCUACGCUCCAGGCGCUCAGAAGGGAGCAGGCCGGUGGAAGAGCGGACCGGUUCAGCCCAAGACGAAUCAGCUUUGGCUGUGAUGCCAGAACAGCAGCCUCGAUUUCUGAGAGUGGGUGCUUUGCAUAAGUGGACCUCUACAGGUCUUGAGACAAGUGUGGAGAAAGGGAUGCUGAAGGAAACGCAAAGGGAAGAACAAGGGGCUUUGGAUCAAGACGGGCACGGGCAGCGAGACGCUGAACAGGAGGAAGUGGCUGCAGCUCCAAAACGUUUGAAAAUGCUGCAGUCAGAAGAGCAACCAAAACCCAGGGCAACCUACUUUGCUCUGACUGGACAAAUACAUGAGCCAGUUUCUCCUGUUGAUGCAGGAGAAAGCAUAGGGGACGUGACUGGGCCCUUUGACAACUUCUCUGUGAGCUCUGCACCAGACAGUUCUAAAACAAAGCUUCCAAUAAGGUGGAAUCCAGCAUUAGAUGAAUCGUUUGGGAAAAACUCUCAAGUUAAAGUUGAAGAGUUGAUGAUGAGGAGGCACAUUUCACAAAGAGAGAUGAGAUCAACUUUGGAUGAACAGACAACAGAGGAAAUAAUGGAAGUUGAAAAGAAAAGGGAACUAAAAAAAGAGACAGAAAGACACAUGGCAAAAAUGAAAGAGCUUCAGAGGGAAAAACAGAGACAGAUGGAAAUGGAGAAAGAACCACAUUUAGAAUUUGCACGAAUGAAGGAGAGGGAAAUGCAAAGAGAAUUUGAAAGGCAAAGACAGAAAGCCUUUGAGAAGGAGAAACAGGAGUUUGAGGAGAAACGGCACGCACUGGAAAGGCAGAAACAGUUAGAGCUUGAACAAAGACAGAAACUGCAAGAGCUGGAGCGAGCGAGACUAAGAGAACUUGAAAAAGAGAGGCUACUACAACUUGAGAAAGAAAAACGCCAAAAAAUGGAGAGAAAGAUUGAAAGAGAGAAGCUGCGAGAGCAGGAAAGGGAGAGACAACAGGAACAGGAGAGUCAAAGACAAAGGGAGGAAGAGAGGCAGAGAGAGCUGGACAAGGAAAUGCUGCUGGAAAUCCAAAAGGAGAAACAGAAAAUGGAAGAGCUGAAGAGAAUUAAAGAGCUUGAAAGACUGCAAUUCUUAGAGUUCGAAAAUCAGAAGGAAAAGGAGACUCAGAAGGAAAAAGAGACACAGCAGCUCAUGGAGCUCGAAAAGCAGAGACGUAGAGAGAGGAGGGAGAGAGAGGAGGCAGAGAAAAUAAGACAGGUUGCAUUAGAUCAGGAAAUUAUAAGAAUGAAAGAGAUUGGUAAAGAAAAGGAAAGGCAAAAUGAUCUUCAGAAAGUGAUUGAGAGAGAAAAGCAGAGAGAGCUGGAGAGACAGAGACAGAGAGAUUUGGAGAGGGAGAGACAGAGACAACUAGAUAUCGAGAGACAGGAAUUAGAAAACCAGAGGCUGAGACAACGAGAACUGGAAAAGGAAAGGCAGAGGAAAGAGAACUUGGAGAGAAUUAAGGAGAUGGAGAGAAGACAGCUCUUGGAGUUGGAAAGGCAAAAGCAGGCAGAGAGGGACAAACAGCAAAUUCUGGAGCUCGAGAAACGCAGACUGAGGGAGAGUCUAGAAAGGGAGGAGGCGGAGAAAAUGAGACAGAUAGCCAAGCAGCAAGGAGCAGAGAGGCAGCGGCUUAAAGAGAAGCAGAAAAAAGAGGAACAGGAGAGGGCGAGAUUGGAGUCGUCUCCUCUCAGGCCUCAAGAUCUAGACUCUGUGCUCCGAAAUGACUCGUUUUCCAAGCCAACUUCUCACCGCAGUGACACUGCAACACGAUGGAAGGAGCCAUCUCCGAGAGUAGAAGCGUCUUACAAACCUGCCAUCCUUGACAUAGACUCUUUCACAUCUCAAGUUCAGCCCUCCCCCAGUAAAGACUUGUUUCCUGUUUCUGGUAUUCAGGAUGUAGACGCUGCAUUUGGAGUUAGAUCACAUCCACCUACACCUGAUGUAGAUGUUAGCUGGAGGUUGCCACAACAGACUUCAGGUAUUACAAGCCCAGUAUGGACGACAUCUCUUCAGGAUCCAUGGGAGCUGCGGCCUGUUGAGAUGUCUGUGGACAAACCUAUAGCUGAACCCAGAAAGCAUACCAACAAACUCAGCCCAGAGCAACUCCUCCUCAGGCAGGAGGAACGACUCCCACGGAGGCAGUCCAGCAGCGUUUCUGAGGGGCAGAUAUGGCUCCCCAGAGAGCAGCAGCCUCAAGACGGCAGGGGAGAGGACCAUAGCCAGAGGAGAUCACAGGGAUCUCAGGAGUUGAACAGGAUACGGUCUCGCAGUGUUUCACGGCGAUCGGCUCCUUCUAGCAGUGUUUUGGAGAGAAGCCUUUCCAGGAUUAGGAGUCGCAGCGCCCACCGAGAGCAGGACAACAACGAUCAGGUACAACAGAAGCAAAGUGACAGUGGUGAAGAGGAGGGGAAGGACUUGGGAACACCGGUCCGUGACACUGACAGCCAGUAUGGGACCUGGGAGACAGGACUGCGUACUGACGACAGCCUCUCUCCCAGCUCUGAAAGCAAUUUCAGCCCUUCACCAAGGAAGCCCACUCCCCCACGCACGCCAGGUGAUCUGGCCUCUCAGUUUGAUACUAACACUCUGGACAGCCUCCUUCCCUCCUCCUCAUCUGAGAGCCCACCACUGUCUUUCCCUGAUGCCCCGACCACUCUGUUAGACACCAGCGCUCUUCGCUCCAGAGCCCAGCUGGGGAAGAAACGAGCGCCGAGGACACGCCCCACAAGGGCCGCCCUUCAAAAGGCUGCGCCGUCAGAGGGAGAGGGAGGAACCACCGAGGACUGGCUUUACAGAGACUCCACAGAGGCAAAGGUUGAGAUUAAGGACGAUGACUCUGACUCUGAGGAGCCGGCCAGAAGAGCAGACACCAGCCCGCUUGCUGUUUCUUCUCAGCCACAGAGGAUAGCCCUGUUCCCUGGGAUGGACCCUUCAGCUUUAAAGGCUCAGCUGAAGAAGAGGGGCGAUGCUGACAAUCAAAUCGAUGUACCUACUACUCCCUCUCCUUCCCAGCUUUCUCGCUCUCCCAAGUCCCCGUUUCUUCCCAGAGCAGCACGUGUACUGCCCCCUCCUGGUGGGAAAGAGAAUGGUGAGGAAGACUCACCCCAGUGGUUGAAAGAGCUUAAGUCCAAGAAGCGCUUAAGUCAGUAUGAAAAUGAGAGCUAAGUAAAUAACGAGGUUGCCUUAACAGAUGAAUCUAUAUGAAACUGAAGCCUUAACGUUCGACCCAGAGAGUAGGAGAGGUGAAUCUACAGCUGCUGAUGUAUUCUUUUUCUAUAUGUUUUUUGUUCUCUUCACGUCUGGGUUGAUAAAUGUGCAUGGUGCCUUUUUUAUGGAGAAUCUCUGUCUCGUGGAAAAAAAACAUCAAGCUACUCUGCUUUAUCCAUUUCAUGCUUGAACCUGUCGAAACACUUCUGCACCUGGAGGCACUUCACAUGAACACUUUAAUAGGGACCAGGAGAAGUUAUGGGGGGGGGGGAAAGGCGAUUAUUGGCAAUUAUUUCCUGUCAAGCCGCAUUUCAGGAAAUGGUUAACUUGUGGGACCACGACGCCUCUUUAUCCUGUACGUCCUUCAUCACAUGCUGGAGGACAAUCCAGCCGAUCCUUUCCAAGAUGUUUGUAUUUAGUCUCCUAACUCGACUAAAAUGUACAAGCUGGCUGUGUCUGCGUUGGACCUUUUGUGCGUUUUCAGCGGAGGUUGUUGAUGGUAGUCACACAAGCAUUGCCAUAGGACAACAUUUCAAACACUAAUGAUUUUCCUUCUUGAACAUAAAGAACAAAUCACUGCUGACUUGAUUGCCGGAGAGAGUGUAUUAUCAUGUUAGUAACUGUAAUCAGGAGAUGUUAUAUUUGUAUGAUCAUUGAUUUACCAGACAGAGAGCUAAUUUUAAAGAAAAUUAAGAUGCAUCACAACAAUAUACUUUGUUACACUCCACAACCCUAACAUUGUCAUAGUUGCUGCAUACUGUAAAUAUGUUUUUGUCUAAGUAUCUUUUUGUCUUUGUGAAAGAGGGAUAAGGGACUUUGUUGGCCAAGUGACUUUGGAUCUGUCCAUAAUCCCUACUCUUUAUCGGCACAAAUACGCUCUUCAAUCUUUUUUAUA